UCGUACCAGUCCGUCUCGUUCGUGCCGUCCCAGUAUUGGUGCAGCGCAGCGCUACGCCAGUACAAAAGCGCUUGCCACCGUGGCCCUGCCAUCAGUAUAGAGGCAGAACUAGUACCCGACGGACGAUACACGCACGCACACAAUGUCUGGCCGCGGCAAAGGAGGCAAAGCGAAAGUGAAGGCAAAGUCCCGCUCCAGUCGUGCCGGAUUGCAGUUCCCGGUCGGUCGCAUCCACCGUCUGCUCCGGAAGGGCAACUAUUCCGAGCGGGUCGGUGCCGGGGCCCCAGUCUACAUGGCAGCCGUCAUGGAGUACCUGGCUGCGGAGGUGCUCGAGUUGGCGGGAAACGCUGCCCGUGACAACAAGAAAACCAGAAUCAUCCCUCGUCAUCUGCAGUUGGCCAUCCGCAACGACGAAGAGCUGAACAAACUGCUGUCCGGCGUGACCAUCGCCCAGGGCGGUGUCCUGCCGAACAUUCAGGCCGUUCUGCUGCCCAAGAAGACCGAGAAGAAGACGACGGCAUAGGCUGGCAGCAUUCCGCUCGCGUCCUCGCGUGUCGACCAAAACAAAACCGUCCUUUUCAGGACGACCACAUCCCAUUCGCCCCGCUGGAGAGUUGUUUCGAGACAUGUUUUGUUCGUUCGUUCGUGUGGGUUGGGUAGUUAGCCCACACAUUGUUCGAUAGAGGAGUUCGUGACAACAUUCUGUCGGAUAGUUUUGCUGAGUAUCGUUU